AUGGAUAUCGAAAACGUUUAUUUAAUUCCUCAUUCAUCAAAACCUGUCAACGAAUAUUUCAAUCCAAAAUUAUUAGCAGGUUUAUAUCCAACUUUGUUCUGUUAUGGGCGUGGAGUACCGGAAGAUCAAUUACGUCCAGUUCAGAUAACAUUAAAAGAACACAUACGUUAUCUUUUAGCUUAUAAUGAUCGUCGUUUUGAAAAACAUCACAGUUUUAUAUUUGUAAUCUUCAAUUUAUUGCAACGUCGUGAUGCUUGCUUUCAUGCUCAACUGAUAGCAACAAAGCCUUACUUUCAAUCAUCUGCUGAUGAAAUUCUAUCUUUGAGCAGCAAAGAUAUUGAAACAGCUCUUGACAAUAAUUCCAAGAGAAUAUACAAUUCAGAAUCAAGCAAUACAUUAAACAAACUGCUCCAACAUAUUAAAACUAUUGGUGGUCGAGUUAUGGGUUCGGCAUAUUCGCGAACGGCUUUACGUACUCGAAUUCAUGCACUUAUCUAUAACCAAGGACUACCUAGCAUAUUUCUCACUUUAAAUCCAGCCGAUAUCCACAGUCCUGUAGCAUUAUACUUUGCAGGCGUUCAACUUGAUCUAGAUAAUAUUCAAAACGAACAACUUAUGGAUACUUACAAAAGAGCUGAAAUUAUAGCAUCUCAUCCAGUUGCUACUGCAAAAUUUUUUCAUUUAUUAAUUUCCAAUAUCUUAAAUACAAUGAUUAUUGGUGGUGUUCUUGGACCAAUAAAGGCUUAUUUCGGUACUGUUGAAAGUCAAGGCCGAGGUUCACUUCAUUUGCAUCUCCUUAUUUGGCUUGAUCAUGAUAUGAAACCAGCUGAUAUGAAACAAAAGAUUCAAAAUGCUGAUGUUCGUGAAAAGUUGAAAGCAUAUUUAGAAGACAUCAUCAAAGAAGAUUUAGAUGAAUUCAAGGACAAACAAAUCUUCGAGAAUUUAAACGUGCCGAGAUCAUUCGAUACUCCUCCACGAUUAUCACAAGAUAAUAUCUAUGCGGCUUUACGUACUAUUGAUUUAACAGGUCUAGCCGAAAAUAUAAAUAAAUCUCCUGUUUGGUCGACACCAAUCAAGCAACAACUGUCUCCAUCAAUUCCUUAUGCCUCACCUUCGGUUCCUUACGGUUCUUCAUUACAGAAUAAAUCAUUACAGACACCAACACAUGACCGACCAAUAUCUAUUAUGAAUGUUUUACACAAUCAAUCAAACAUAAAUCCAGCUUGCUUACCAACUCCAAAUCCAUCAUCGCCUAAUUUUGCAGCACGCUUUCGUGCAGAUGUGAUACAACUUGUGGAAACAGACAACAAGCACAAGCAUACUGACACAUGUUACAAAUAUUCUAAUCCUAAACAAGGCGACAAGAAGAAUUGUCGAUUGCAUAUGCCACGCAAAUUGGUACCAGUCUCGACAAUUGAUCCUGAUACUGGCCAUAUUUCUAUGCGACGAUCGGAUCCAUGGAUUAAUAAUUUUAAUGAAUACCUUAUUGCGACUUGUCGGUCCAACAUGGAUAUUAAAUUUAUUUGGAGUGGUAGCGAUGCAAAGGCUCUUGUUUAUUAUAUUACCGAUUAUGUAACAAAAAUGAGCCUUUCUUUUCAUGAUACACUUGCUCUUGUACAAAAAAGUAUUACAUCGUUCAACAAUUCGUCGCAUCAGAUGGACAAUGACAGUGCAAUUGAGAAGUCGCGUAAACUUGUUUUACGUUGUUACAACACACUUGCUUCUCAACAAGAACUAUCUGGAGUUCAAGUUGCAUCUUAUCUGAUGAACUGGGAUGACCAUUAUACAACACACAAGUUCCAAGGUCUCUUUUUAAUUCAAACUGAACGAUUUUUACAAACUCAAUUAAAUGAAAUACGUGCCAAACAGAAGUCGAAAAUUGUAACAUGCGGUAUGUUUUUAAUAUUAUAG